AUGCGCCCUCUCUCCGCCCUGGCGGUAUACUCCCUCUUCGGGCUAUCGGCUGCAUCAAGCACCGGUCCGGUUGUUAAAAAUGCCAAUCACAUCUUCAACGUGAUCCACGACUCUAUGCGCCAAUGGGGUUCCUCGCUGCAUCACAAUGGGGUUUCCUUUUUCCUCGUGACCGUUCCUGCUGGGACGCAGCUUUAUCACGGCACGUCGAACGAGAGUCCGGUUAAUGGAACGGAAUGGCUUGCUUUUGAGCCGGAGCAUGCUAUGGUGUUUGCACGACCGCGUAGACGGGCACCGGGAGGUGGCCCUGAUGGUCCGCCGCCGCCAGGUGAAGUUGAUGAUGAGGAUAAGCGCCGGGAGGGACAUGAGGAGCUGCGUCGGAGACAUCCUCAUGGUCAAGACGAGACACACCCCGGUCCUCCACCUCCACCCUUCGAACAGUUCGACGAGAACAAAGCAGGCUACCUCCACACAUACGCAGCAAUGAAAGACCUCCGUCUUUUGUAUAUCGAUGGCAUGUCCGCCGCCAAGACACAGAAAGGCACACUCGACUCGCAGGACGUACUCCUAUUCAAUGGCACCGUCGACAAUUCACGAGGAAGCGAACCAAGAGGAAAAGGGCCGAGAGGAGAAGGUGAUCGUGCCCGCAAGGCAUGUGAGAUGGCAGAGGAUGACUGGGCCGGCCGUGUCGACGGCGUACUGCGCAUGGAAGCCGGCUUUGAGAUCAUCCUGUGCAUGUUCGAGCGCGAUCUGAUUCCCGUGAGAAUCACCCAAGUGAAAUCGCGGACCAUGGAUGAACAUGCAAGAGGCAACAAUGGCUGGGAAGAGAAGGAUCACGGUCCUCCAGACGGCGGAAGGAGAAAGGGCCCUGGACCUGGCGGGCCCGACUCGUUGCGGUGGAUGCGCGCUGUGACUGCGCGAUACCAGGACAUCGGUGCAAACAGAGUGUCGGUCAACUAUGAGAACUUCGUGACUGCAUUCUCCCAUGACGUCGACCUAUUCCCCAAUGACUCGGCAUUGCCACGGCUGGAACACUUAUCGCAUUCGGAAUUGAAGCCUAUCCAGAAAGAGGUCACUGCACUUGUUCUCACUCACGACGCGAGAGAAUCCUCCUGGAACUGGCGGGCAACGGCCGAUGCCAUUGUCACUCGAUACAGCGACGAGUUGACGUAUCUCGCCUCGAACAAGCUUGCGACAAUCGAGGCUCUGCAUGACCACAUCGAGGUGCUCUUUUCGCCGUUUGUCGACUACAGCGAGCGUGAUGCAUUGCUCGAGGCUGAUAGAUGUGCUACGCAGUUCAUGCCUGUGUCGUUGCAGGGCCCGAAGUCAUUGGCUGCGCGUUCUGUGUACAGCGUUGCUCACACGGUCUGCUCCACACUUCUGGAGGUUUGGGUGGAGCAGGAGCUAGAAUCAGCACGGGAUACGCUGACUGGUUUGAUUAGAUAUUUGGAUUGGACGACAUGGAAGGAGUGCCGCGGCUGUGAAGUUAAUGAAAUCUGCGUUAUUCCGAUCUGGCCAAUGGGGACUGUGGAUGAUUACGAUAAUCCCCAGUGCAAGCUUGUUUCCAAUCCAUACGACGGAGAUGGGGAAAGUUAUUGGGGAGGAAUGCAUCGUUAA